AGUUAUAUAUAUUUCUCUUUCAGAUUGUAGAAUGGGGCGCAAAGUUGACUUUAAGACUAAGGAGAAGAAGGGGCCGGGGAAGAAAGCUAAAAAGCAGAAAGAACCAGUUUUUCUUCAUGACGCAUUUAAGCCUGAUCUGAACAAAGACAGACCUCUUCACAGUAAUCAGAAGAAACGAAUGAAGAAGAGGGAAGACAAGAAGAGAGUUUUCCAAGAGAAGAAGAAAACUAAGGAGGAGAAAAGGGAGAAGAAGAAGGAGGUCGAGAAGGAAGUGAGUGAUGAAGGAAUUGAAAAUGAAUCGGACGUAGAAUCUGAUGAUGAUGUAGCAGAGGGAUUUACUGACGAAAAUGCAGCGUGGUUGAAACCCUCUACUAAAAAGCGUAAACUGCCCCUGGGGGAAUCGGACGACAAACAAGACGAAGAGGAGGAUGAUGAGGAUGAAGAAGAUGAGAAUACAGAUGAAGUUGAGGCCGAGGAGAACGGAGUUGAAGCUCCGGACUCUGAUUCUGAUGUUGAUUCUGAUUCUGAACCAGAAUCUGAGAAUGAGAAAGAGUUCCCUAGUGACAGUGACGAAGAGAUGGAUAUUGAGAAGCAGUCUAGGAGGUUGGAGAAGAAGCAGAAGAAGAUGCUGAAGGCCUCCGAAGCCGAAUUGAAGAUGAAUAUUGCAGAGACAGAGAAGUUUGUUCUUCCGUCAGGUCAAGAAAUAGAGAAAGAGAAAUCUCAGCCCCCAGACCUUCAGAUUAUACAGUCCAGGAUGCGAGAUAUCAUUCAUGUUCUCAAAGAUUUCAAAAACCGGCGAGAACCGGAUCGGGAUCGUCAAUCCUACUUGGCCUGCCUCAAGCGAGACCUCUGCACCUACUACUCCUACAACGAGUUCAUGAUCGAGAAGUUCCUCAACAUUUUCCCCGUCGGAGAGAUUGUCGAGGUCCUGGAGGCCAAUGAGGUUCAGCGUCCAGUCACUAUUCGCACAAACAGUUUAAAAACGCGCAGGAGAGAUCUUGCGCAGGCGCUUAUUGCGCGCGGAGUGAAUCUAGAUCCGGUUGGAAAGUGGUCCAAGGUUGGGUUGGUUGUGUACAGUGCAACAGUGCCGCUUGGCGCCACCCCUGAGUAUCUGGCAGGACAUUAUAUCCUCCAGGGUGCGUCCUCCUUGUUGCCGGUGAUGGCCCUGGCCCCCCAGGAGGGAGAGAGGAUCCUAGAUAUGGCCUCGGCCCCAGGAGGAAAAACUACUCAUAUAGCGGCUCUUAUGAAAAAUACAGGAAUGCUGUUGGCUAAUGACGCUAACGCAGCUAGAUGUAAAGCUAUUGUUGGAAACCUUCAUAGAUUAGGAAUUACCAAUACUGUAGUUUGUAACGAGGACGGGAGAAAGCUUCCAGGAGUUAUGAAGGGAUUUGACAGGGUUCUUCUAGACGCUCCUUGCUCAGGAACUGGAGUUAUCAGUAAGGAUCCAAGUGCUAAGACAGGAAAGGAUAAUCAAGAUAUGUUUAUUAUAGGAACUGGAGUUAUCAGUAAGGAUCCAAGUGCUAAGACAGGAAAGGAUAAUCAAGAUAUGUUUAUUAUAGGAACUGGAGUUAUCAGUAAGGAUCCAAGUGCUAAGACAGGAAAGGAUAAUCAAGAUAUUUAUCUCUGUUCUCAUCUACAGAAGGAGCUUAUAGUUGCAGCCUUGGAUUGUUUGGAUGCUAAGUCUAAGACUGGAGGAUAUCUAGUGUACUCCACGUGUUCUAUUCUACCGGAAGAAAACGAGAACGUGGUGGAUUACAUCCUGAAGAAGAGACACUGUAAACUUGUUCCUACCGGCCUGGAUUUUGGAGUUGAGGGGUUCACAAAGUACAGAGAGCACAGAUAUCAUCCAACAAUGAACCUUUGCAGGCGAUACUAUCCCCACACACACAACAUGGACGGAUUCUUUGUUGCAAAGAUUAAGAAGAUCUCCAACAGUAUUCCUGGAGACAAGGAGAAGAAGGGGAAGCAGGAGAACGAAGAAGGAGAUGAGGAAGAGGAGGAUGAAGGAGUUGAGGUAACUGAAUCCGAAGGAGAACAAAGUCCUAAAAAGGAUAAAAACAUGGAGAAGAAAAAAGAUAAAUCUGAAUCUCCGAAGAAUAAAGAGAAGAAGGAAGAGAAGAAAGGUAAAAUAAACCCUGAUGAUCUAACCCAGGAUGCGCCAGGAAAGAAAGGAUCAACUAAGGAGAAACAGAAGAGUAGAAAGGAAAGUAAGAAACAGAAAGCUGAAGCUCUUAAACUCCUUGACGCUCCUAAACCACAAAAGAAGAAACAGAAAGUUGCUCCUUCUUCCCCAGCUCCAGCCCAGGAGAAGUUUUCUUCCCCGGCUCCUGCCCAGGAGAAGAAAUCUUCCGCCACCCCGUCACGUGAUACAUCCAGCAAAUCUUCCUCCAGCAGUAACCGAGAACACAACAAAUCUUCAGUUAAGAAGAAGAAAAUGAAACCAACUUAGUUAAACAAUAAAUUUUUAUUUUGAUA